CGUAAAAAAUGACUAUUAAAGUUUUCGGACAUACUGCAUCUACUUAUAGUCUUGUAGUACUCCACGUUCUUAAAGAAUUAGGAUUAUCUUAUGAACUCAUUCAACUAAAUAGUUUUGAAGAAAUUAAAUCUCCAGAAUAUUUAGCUACCAAACAUCCUUUCGGAAGAAUUCCUUCUCUUAGCGAUGACGGAUUCCAAAUUUACGAAUGUAGGGCAAUAGCUCGUUAUUUGAUAAACAAAUAUCAAGGAACUAAAACUUCUACCGUUCUUAUUCCUUCUGAUGUACAAAAAGCCGCUUUGGUAGAACAAUUCAUUUCAGUAGAAACUUCUUAUUACACUCAACAUGUAGGUAAAUUGAUUUAUCAGUUAAUAUUCAAGAAAAUUCAUGGUAGUGAACCUGAUCUUAAAGUUGCUAACGAGGCUCGCGAAGAACUUGUGAAGACUUUAGAUGUCUAUGAAAAAUUAUUGGAGGGUAAAGAUUAUUUAACUGGGGAAUUCUCUCUAGCUGAUCUUCUUCAUAUUCCAUAUACUUUUUUCGCUAUUAACGUUGCUGGCGAAGGAGAUUUAUGA